CCCGCCUCCUCCUGGAACCCAGCAAGCGAAGCGCCGUGGGCAUCAUGGGGACGGCCUCGUCGCUGGUGAGUCCCGCUGGCGGGGAGGUGAUCGAGGACACGUACGGGGCGGGCGGCGGCGAGGCCUGCGAGAUCCCGGUGGAGGUGAAGCCCAAGGCCCGCCUGCUGCGCAGCUCGUUCCGCAGGGGAGCGGGAGCCGGGCCCGGGUCGCUGCCGCGCGCGGCGGGCGGCGGCGGGCUGCUAGGAGCCAGCUUCAAGUCCACCGGCUCGUCCGUGCCUGAGUUGGAGUACGCGGCAGCCGAGUUCGAGAGGCUCAAGAAGGAGUAUGAGAUCUUCCGGGUCAGCAAGAACCAGGAGCUGCUGUCCAUGGGUCGCCGAGAGGCCAAGCUGGACACCGAGAACAAGCGGCUGCGGGCGGAGCUGCAGGCUCUUCAGAAGACGUAUCAAAAGAUUCUGCGAGAAAAGGAGGGUGCAUUGGAAGCAAAAUACCAAGCCAUGGAGAGAGCAGUUACAUUUGAACAUGACAGAGACAGAGUUAAAAGGCAAUUCAAGAUUUUUAGGGAAACCAAAGAAAAUGAAAUUCAGGACUUACUGAGGGACAAACGAGAGCUGGAGAGUAAACUUCAGAGGCUGCAGGCUCAGGGUAUCCAAGUUUUUGACCCUGGGGAGUCUGAUUCGGAUGACAGCUGCACAGAUGUCACAGCUACUGGAACCCAAUGUGAAUACUGGGCCAGCAGAGCCUUGGGAAGCGAACCUUCCAUAGGCAGCAUGAUCCAGCUUCAGCAAUCCUUCAGAGGCCCCGAGUUUGCUCACAGUUCUAUAGAUGUAGAAGGACCCUUCGCAAACAUCAACCGAGAUGACUGGGACACUGCUGUGGCUGGCUUACUGCAGGUCACUCCCUUGUUCUCACACUCUCUUUGGAGUCACUCUGUUAGAUGUUACCUCAUGUACACAGAUGAAACCCAGCCUGAAAUGGAACUCUUCCUUAAGGACCAUUCACCUAAACUUAAAAGAAUGUGUGAGACAAUGGGAUAUUUUUUCCAUGCUGUUUACUUUCCAAUAGAUGUUGAAAAUCAGUACCUCACUGUAAGAAAAUGGGAACUCGAGAAGAGUUCUCUAGUUAUCUUAUUCCUUCACUCAACGUUACCAAGUUUUCUACGGGAAGACUGUGAAGAAGCCUUUCUGCAAAACCCAGAAGGAAAACCACGAUUAAUCUACCAUCAUUUGGAGGAUGAGGAAGUCACUUCCGACUCUGUCCAGCAAUUCCUGGAUCAAGUUUCUAACCUAAGCAAGACCAGCAAAGCCAAGAUCAUCGAUCACUCAGGGGAUCCUACAGAGGGAGUGUAUAAAACAUACAUCAGUGUGGAAAAGAUUAUUAAACAGGACAUCCUCGGCCUUGAGAACACAGAUGUGGAGGUGAAGGAUGUGGGCGGUGAGGACUCCCCUCCAGAAGACGAUGAUUUCGGGGAUGUUCUGUGGGACAUACACGAUGAGCAAGAGCAGAUGGAAGCCCUUCAGCGGGCUUCUAACUCCGCCCAUGAACUGGGAGUUGAGAAGUAUUACCAGCGCCUGGAUGAUCUGGUGGUGGCACCAGCCCCGAUCCCACCCCUCCUGGUUUCUGGAGGACCAGGGUCUGGAAAGUCCCUUCUUUUAUCAAAGUGGAUCCGGCUGCAGCAGAAGCAUUUCCCUAACAUGCUGAUCCUGUCUCAUUUUGUGGGGCGGCCCAUGUCAACCAGCUCAGAACCCUCCUUGAUUAUCAAGCGGCUGACCCUGAAGCUGAUGCAGCAUUUUGGGGCCGUUUCUGCACUGACACUGGAUCCUGCUAAGCUUCUGGAAGAAUUUCCCCACUGGCUGGAAAAGCUCUCUGCUCGGCAUCAGGGCAGCAUCAUCAUCAUCAUUGAUUCCAUAGACCAAGUUCAGCAAGUGGAGAAGCACAUGAAAUGGCUGAUAGACCCCCUGCCGGUGAAUGUUCGAGUCAUUGUCUCUGUGAAUGUGGAGACCUGCCCUGCAGCGUGGAGGUUGUGGCCUACACUGCAUCUCGAUCCUUUAAGCCCCAAAGAUGCAAAAUCCAUAAUAAUUGCGGAAUGCCACUCUGUAGACGUGACGUUGAGUAGAGAGCAGGAGAAGCAGCUAGACCAACACUGCCGUUCCGCCACAACCUGUAAUGCCCUCUACAUCACCCUCUUCAGCAAAAUGAUGGCGCGUGCCGGGAGAGCAGGCAACUUGGAGAAAACCCUUCGGCAGUGCCUGGAGUGUCAAGAUACAGUUUCAUUGUACAGACUCGUUCUCCACUCCAUCCGGGAGUCCAUGCCAAGUGACUUGGACAAAGAGCUGAUGACACAGAUUCUCUGUCUCAUCAGUGUCAGUCACAAUGGUGUGAGUGAGUCGGAGCUGAUGGAGCUGUAUCCAGAGAUGUCCUGGGCUUCCUUGACCUCCAUUGUCCACGGUUUACACAAAAUGUGUCUGCUGACUUACAGCUGUGGCUUGCUCAGGUUUCAACAUCUGCAGGCCUGGGAAACAGUGAGACUAGAGUACAUGGAGGACCCCACCCUCGUUUCUUCACACAGGCAAAAGCUGAUCAACUAUUUUACCUCACAACUCAGUCAGGACCAAGUGACCUGGAGAAGCGCAGAUGAGCUCCCCUGGCUUUUCCAGCAGCAGGGAAGCAAACAGAAGUUGCACAACUGCCUCCUCAACCUCUUCGUGUCUCAGAACCUUUACAAAAGAGGACACUUUGCCGAGUUGCUGAGUUACUGGCAGUUUGUUGGCAAAGACAAAGGUGCGAUGGCGACCGAGUACUUUGAGUCACUGAAGCAGUAUGGGAACCACGAAGGCGAGGAGAACAUGCUAUGCCUAGCCGACCUGUAUGAAACCCUCGGCCGGUUUCUGAAAGACCUCGGCCUUCUCAGUCAGGCUGUGGUGCCCUUACAGAGGUCCCUAGAAAUUCGGGAGACGGCGUUAGAUCCAGACCACCCGAGAGUAGCCCAGUCCCUGCACCAACUGGCCAGUGUGUACGUGCAGUGGAAGAAGUUUGGGGACGCAGAGCAGCUGUACAAACAGGCCUUGGAGAUCUCGGAAAAUGCUUACGGCACAGACCAUCCACAUGCCGCUCGGGAACUCGAGGCACUGGCAACCUUGUACCAUAAACAAAAUAAAUAUGAACAAGCUGAACAUUUUAGGAAAAGAUCCGUUAAAAUCCGCCAGCAAGCCACAAGGAGAAAAGGCAGCCUGUACGGGUUUGCCCUGUUACGCAGACGGGCUCUGCAGUUAGAAGAGCUCACCUUAGGCAAGGACAAGCCUGAGAAUGCCCGCACCCUCAAUGAACUGGGUGUCCUCUACUAUCUUCAAAACAACCUCGAAACGGCAGAGCAGUUUCUGAAGCGUUCCUUGGAAAUGAGGGAGCGGGUUCUGGGGCCAGAUCACCCAGACUGUGCCCAGUCUCUGAACAACUUGGCGGCUCUUUGCAAUGAAAAGAAGCAGUACGAGAAAGCAGAGGAGCUCUACGAGCGAGCCCUGGACAUCCGGAGACGCGCCUUGGCGCCUGAUCACCCUUCCCUGGCCUACACAGUGAAGCAUCUCGCUAUCUUGUAUAAGAAAACAGGAAGAGUUGACAAAGCUGUACCUUUGUAUGAAUUGGCUGUUGAGAUUCGGCAGAAAUCCUUUGGCCCAAAACACCCCAGUGUAGCUACUGCCUUGGUGAACUUGGCAGUCCUUCAUAGCCAGAUGAAAAAGCACAGUGAAGCACUGCCACUUUAUGAGAGAGCAUUAAAGAUUUAUGAAGAUAGCUUGGGACGGAUGCAUCCUCGAGUUGGAGAAACGUUAAAAAACUUAGCUGUGCUCAGCUAUGAAGAAGGGAAUUUUGAAAAGGCUGCUGAACUGUACAAAAGGGCAAUGGAAAUAAAAGAAGCAGAGACAUCACUUUUGGGUGGAAAAGCUCCUUCAAGGCAGUCAUCAAGUGGAGACACGUUUAUCUUUAAAACAACUCAUUCUCCUAAUAUUUUCCUUCCCCAGGAACAAAGGUAACAGUGCCAAUUUUUUUUUGCAAGAAUACCUCAGGAUAAAACAAACAUCUGGAACAUUCAAAUUCAAAACAGUGUUUUUUAAAGAAAAUCAUUUUUCCUGCUUAGUGUUAUUUAACUGGUAUUCAUAUGAAGUUGUACUGGAUUACACUGAAUUGUGUACAGUUCAAAUUGAUUAAAGAAUCCAUUUUCUAUGGGAUGAGAUCCAGGAUGUAGACAUCAGUACACUAAUGGCAUGAGAAGUGGGCUGGUCUCUGCAACAAGAGCUGGCAGGAGCCCAUGGUUUAAGAAUCCCAUGAUUCUUCUGCUCCCUGGAGAGUAGCCUCAGCCCUGUCAUUCACUGGUCUUGUUCUCAGCAGGGGUCUGACCCAGCUCUCUACCUCAAAGGGCUAAAGGGGUGUUUAUGAAAGGUCUGAAUAGUUUUCUGUGAAAUAAACUACAUAGGAAUUCUUGUUUUUCUUUUUCUGGGUUUUUGCGUGAGAAUAAGCACACACAUGUGCAUGUACACAUAUGAAGGUCAGGGGUCCAUUGCUAUCCACCUUGGUUUUUGUUUUGCUUUAUUUUUUGAGACGCUUUGGGGUGUUUGUGUUUUGAGACAGGGUCUCAGUGACCUGGUCCUCACUUAGCUAGGCUGACUGACCUUCCAGCAUCCUGGUAACGGAUCCACCUGUCUCCACCUCCAGAGACAGGAUUACAAGCCUCCAUCCCUAUGCCCAGCUUCU